GCAUUAGCUACCUUGAUAUUAUUGAGCCAUUCUAACCAUAGAAAUGACCAUUUGUUCACUAUAUAUUGGAGGCCCCGUUUUAGAUGGUUUGUUAGGCUGUCUUGGGAUUAAAUUUGUUUAAUGUACAUACAUUAAAAAGGAUGUUCAACUUAAAACACAAAACAUUAAAAAUAUUAGUAGCCUAGUUCUACUGCUUUUGCUUGAUAUAAAGAUCUAGCUUUAUCCAGUUUAUAUUAGGCUAGUUGUUAAUGAAAAGAAAAUGCUCUGGAAGAAAAUUAAAGAAACAGUAUAAUAAGUGGCCACCAACACAAUGGGAUGAUAGCCUAAUUAUCAAAUGAUAUGGAAUCAUCGAUAUUCAUGACCAUCUAGAAGACAGAAAACAAAAUGUCGGACCAAAUAAGAUUCAAUGUCAUAGCUGUUGGAAGCAGUUAUAACUGAGGACACAAUUAAUUUAUUUAUCAUGUGUGCAUCAUGCAAAUCAAAAUGUUACAAGUGUUUAAUUUUUCAUUAAACACAAGUGAUGUACAUCAGAGUUUCCUAAUGCAAUUUGCUUCCACGAUAGACUUUUCUGUGAUCAGAAUAUUGGCUCAUUUAUUUGCUAUUAGAUAAUACUUGGUAUUUGCAUUAAAUAUCUAUUAGUGAAUGGUGUUUGUUUAUAACUCAUUUAGACAAAAUAGAGUUAUGUAUGCUAUAAAAAGUUGUGUAUCAAGUAAAAUUUUAAAUGAUAAAUAUUAUUAACAUUGGUUUUCAUUUAGUUUAUAUUCCAUGCAAAAGUGAUUUAUUAUGAUUAGCCUAAUUAUUUAUUAUAGAUUCAUAGUAUUGGCAAAAAUGUACACUUUUACACAUUUUGGCUAGGCUACAAGUAAAGAAGGAAAGAAAACUGUUCUCUGUGCAGCUAUACUUGUACAUGAGUGCCACUGGAGGAAUAAAAUGGCAACCCAAAGUGAAAACCCAUAUAAGUGUUCACUUUGUAGCUAUUCUUGUACUAGAAAUAGUAACUUGAAGAAACACAUAUUAACUCACACAGGCGAAAAGCCUUGUAAGUGCCCCCUCUGUAACUAUGCCUGUACUACAAAUGGUCACUUGAAGAAACACAUGUUAACUCACACAGGCGAAAAGCCUUGUAAGUGCCCCCUCUGUAACUACGCCUGUACUUCAAAUAGUAAUUUGAAGACUCAUAUAUUAACUCACACAGGUGAGAAACCGUAUAAGUGCUCCGUGUGUAGUUAUGCUAGUUCUAGAAGUCAUACCCUGAAGAGCCAUAUGUUAACUCACACAGGAGAAAAGGCAUAUAAGUGUUUCCAGUGCGACUGUUCUUUUACUACAAGUUGUAACUUGAAAAAACAUUUAUUAAUUCAUACAGGUGAUAAGCCUUAUAAAUGUAUUUAUUGUAGCUACGAUUGUAUAACAAGCGAUAUGUUGAAGAGGCAUACAUUAACACACACAGGAGAAAAACCGUAUAAGUGUCCCCUGUGCAGCUACGCUUCUGCACAAAAUUAUGACAUGAAGAAACAUAUAUUUAAACACACAGGUGAAAAACCUUUUACUUGUUCCCUGUGCAACUAUGCUUGUACUGAAAGUGGCUCAUUGAAGAGACAUUUGUUAAAACACACAGGUGAAAAACCUUUUACGUGUUCCCUGUGCAACUAUGCUUGUACUGAAAGUGGCACAUUGAAGAGACAUUUGUUAAAACACACAAAUGAAAAAACUAUGUAAGUGAUUGUUGUGAAUAUAUCCAUGUAUUACAAAUUGUACAUUAAUUAACAUGCACAGAUGAGAAAUCUUAAAAGAAUUUUGUGAGUGGAGGUAUGUUUUUACUACAAUUGAAGAACAUAGCUGAAAAACUUUAGUGUUUUCUCUUUUGCACUCAAAAGGGGACCUUGUAGAAACAUAAUAACUAAUUCUCAAGAAAAAAAACUUAUUUUUCAUUGUUUAGCUAUCUUUGUACUGGAAAUCACCAUUUGAAAAUAAAUCCUAACCCAUAUGGGCUGAAAAAAUGUUUCCUUUUUAUCUAUAUUUGUACUGAAAUUUAAAAAUUAAAGGUAUCAAUAUGCAGGAGAUAAACUUUUGUCCUGUAAGUUAAAUUAAAAGGCAAAUUAAUUAUCUUUUACUCAAAAUGGUACGAUAAUUUAUGUUACUCAAUAAACUAAAAUACUAUCUA